AUGUCACCAUCAUUGUCUCUGAUCUUCUUGUUCGCCGCUUCUAUCGCGGCAGUCAGCGCUGACAGCGAAAAUGUUCUUGUUCUCUCCGAGAGCAACUUCGAAGAGACUAUUAAUGGAAAUGAGUUCGUACUUGUCAAGUUCUACGCCCCAUGGUGCGGACACUGCAAGUCUCUGGCUCCAAAAUACGACGAAGCUGCCGAUUUGCUGAAAGAAGAAGGAUCAGAAAUCAGACUAGCCAAAGUAGACGCCACUGAAAACCAAGCUCUGGCUUCGAAGUUUGAGGUUCGCGGGUAUCCGACGAUCCUCUACUUUAAGAGCGGCAAGCCAACAAAAUACACUGGUGGACGUGCUACAGCCCAAAUCGUUGACUGGGUUAAGAAGAAGAGUGGACCAACUGUCACCGUUGUGGAGACUUCUGAGCAGCUCGAGAAUUUGAAGAGCAAGAAUAGAGUUGUUGUGAUUGGAUACUUCCAAGAUGCCAAGUCUGAGGCUUCUACUAUUUUCAACGAAGUUGCUGACUCUGCCGAUGACACGUUCUUCGCUGUUGCUGGAUCUGCUGAAAUUGCAUCUUCUGCUUCUCUCAACUCUGAUGGUGUUGCAUUGAUUCGCACAGAUGGAGAUGAUAGCGAGACUAAUACUAUCGAGGAGGCCGAAAUCACCAACACGAUUGCCCUGAAGCAAUGGAUUCAUGGUUACAAAUUGUCUCCAGUCACCGAGUUCACUCACGACUCUGCUCAAGAAAUCGUUGGAGGAGAUCUCAAGAAAUUCCACUUCCUGAUAAUCAGAAAGUCAGACUCUGCCUUCGACGAUACCAUCGCAAAGUUCACCGAGGUAGCCAAGCUGUUCCGAGCAAGAGUUGUGUUCGUUCUUCUCAACAUUGACGUUGAAGAGAAUGGCAGAAUUCUCGAAUUCCUUGGAGUCGAUGCCAAAAACACACCAGCCAACAGAAUCGUUAGCUUAGCCGACCAAGUCGAGAAGUUCAAGCCACAUGACGGAGAGGACUAUGAAGCCUUCACUAACUCUUACUUGGAAGGAAAGGCUACUCAGGACUUGAAAGCUCAAGAACUUCCAGAAGACUGGAAUGCACAGCCAGUGAAAGUGUUGGUUGCCUCAAACUUCCACGAGAUUGCUCUUGAUGAAACUAAAACAGUUUUUGUCAAGUUCUAUGCUCCAUGGUGUGGACAUUGCAAACAACUCGUUCCUGUCUGGGACCAGCUCGCAGAGAAGUACGAGUCAAAUCCAAAGGUCGUCAUUGCGAAGCUUGAUGCUACUCUCAAUGAGCUCGCUGAUAUUAAAGUCAAUUCCUUCCCGACUUUGAAACUCUGGCCAGCAGGAUCUUCCACACCAAUCGAUUAUGACGGAGACAGAAACCUCGAGAAGUUCGAAGAGUUCGUCAACAAAUACGUCGGUUCAGAAUCUGCAUCUCAGGAACACGAAGAGCUUUAA